UGGGAUCUGAAAGGAACCCAGAAAGGGUCCUGGAUUUGGAAGAAACUACUCAAACUCCGAUAGUGGUUCCAUUUUAGAUUGAUUGCAGAAGGGGGAGGGUUUAUCUCUUGGGAAGGAAUACUGAUGGAGACGUAUACAAAAUCAGACUCAUUCAAAGAAGAUUGGGUUUGGAAUAGAGAGAGAGAGAGAUGGGUUCUUCUUUUCUCACCC